GGGAGCUGAGUCACUGGAGCCAUAACAGGCUCUGUGUUCCCAGGCCUCAUUGGGCAGCACAUGAAGGAACGACGGCAGGAGGAGUUCCAGAUCACCUGUGAUGGUCACCUGAAGCAUGUAUUCAGCGGUUCUGAUCAUGAGAUGACUGAACCAACAGCCGUCUCUCCUCUGGCUCCCUCUGCUCCUGGAGAAGAAGCCAAAGAGGAGGCAAAUGAGAAAUAUGACCACAAGCCUCCAGCUGUGGUCACACCACAGCCUGAACAUUCUGAUCCAGUCCUUCUAGAGAAAGAGCAGGAGCAGAGUGCUUUACCAGAGAUGCCAUGCCAGACUCAGGGAGAGCUGUUCCCAGCCCGAGAGCAGGAAGAGCAGCUCAGGCAGCAGGUGGAAGAGCCCCAGCAGAAUGGCCAGAACAUCAAGGCAGAGCCACAAGCAGAGCUGCCCAAAGCUCAGAGCGACAUUAUGGCACCGAAGAGGAGGAAUGAAGAAGACAUGGGAAGCAUCCAAGAGAAGAAUCUCCAUCAGCAGAGAGGCGAUCAACAAAACCAGAUCUACACCGGCUCUGACACAGAAGCUGCAGCAGCAGCAGCAGCAGCAGCAGCAGCGCGGUCCCAAGGAGCAUUUGCUCCCCAGCCAGAGAAUUGGAGCCGGGACACUUGGUUCACUUCCCACGCUGACCCAGCUGCUGCUCAGCAACAGGAGAUCGAGGAUGAUUCCCUGGUGCAACGGAGGAGAAUGGUGGAGAUGGAAAAUCCCAUUAGAAAAUACAUUGAACUGGAAAAUAUUGGCAGUGGGACUUUUGGAGAUGUUUGUAAAGCAUUCGACACUGCCACAGGAAGAGAGGUGGCCAUAAAGAAAAUAAAUCUUCAAGGAUUGAUCAGAAAGGAAGUAACCUUUAAUGAACUUAUGGUCAUGAAAAUUAAUAAGCACCAAAACAUUGUGAAUUAUUUAAAGAGCUACCUUGUGAAUAAGCAACUCUGGCUGGUUAUGGAGUACAUGGAUGGAGGCACUCUGAGCGAUGUCAUCAAUGAGACUCACAUGUCUGAAAGAGAGAUUGCAGCCAUCAGUCACGAGUGCCUGCGAGGACUGGAUUUUCUUCACUUGAACCACGUGAUCCACCGAGAUGUGAAGAGCAGCAACAUCCUUCUCAGAACCGACGGCUCUGUCAAGCUGGCUGACUUUGGCCUCUUUGCUCAGCUCACUCCUGAGCAGAGUAGAUGGAGCUCUGUGGCCGGCACUUCUGGGUGGAUGGCACCUGAAGUGGUGACAGGUCAACCAUAUGGCCCCAAAGUGGACAUAUGGUCGUUUGGAAUCGUGGGCAUCGAAAUGGUAGAACGAGAAGUUCCUUACUGGAAUGAAACUCCUGUUUCGCCUCAACUCCUGAUAGCCAUACGAGGGACACCAAAGCUGAAUCAGCCCAACCUAUUUUCACCUUGCCUGCGUGACUUCCUGAGCUGCUGCCUGCAGACAGAGGUGACGUGUCGCUGGUCUGCCACAGAGCUCCUGCAGCAUCCAUUUGUAACAUUUGCUGAGCCUGCAUCCAGCCUGGUACCACUGAUUGUUUCAGUGAAGAAGAGGAAGGAAACGAGAAUGUGACAAUCAC